AUGAUCACGACCAUGAACCCGCGCGUUGCGCGUCUCUCGAUUCUUGUCUUCUGCGUUCUCGGCCUCGCAUUUGGCUUCUUGUAUGCCUACAGAGACAGUCCAACAGCCAGCCGACUACUCCAGACAAUUCCGAUCCUUAGCGAUGACAGAAGCCACUCCAGUAAUCGACCCGUGACCGACAAGAAACCUGAAGGACCUCCGCCCCCGAAAUACAAACCCCUUCCGAAGAACCCUCCCCCGCUCAUCACCGACCCUUUCCCUUUGCUCGCCACCACUUCCAAGGACGUCCUUCCUCCCCCGAUCCCUGCCUACAACGUUCCCCACCCCGACUUACACCACCGCUACGGCCUCUCCCGCCCCCCUCCACUCUUCAUCGGCUUCACGCGCCAAUGGCCCAUGCUCCUACAAGCCGUAGUCUCGUACAUCACCGCCGGGUGGCCCGCCUCCGGAAUCUACGUCGUCGAGAACACGGGAGUACACAACUCCAACCGGGCCGGCCGUUUGUCUUUGCAAAACCCGUUCUUCCUCAACCACACCACACUCAGACGGCUGGGCGUGAACGUGAUCCAGACGCCCGUUCUGCUCAACUUUGCGCAGAUGCAGAACUUCUUCCUGGACGUCGCCUACCAGGAGGAUCACAAGUACUACUUCUACAGCCACCAGGACGUUUUGGUAUUCUCGCUUGAGGACGGGUCGGAUCAGGAGCACAGGCCGGGCGAUCGAGAGUGGGAUACUUAUGAUGAGGAAGAUAAGAAGGCGACGGUUCUGAAUCCGUCAGCUGCGGGCGAGGAGGGGUACAGGACGAUUUAUGAGAAUUGUCUGCGGGAGAUCAACACGACGGCGACUAGGAAGGAAAAGUGGGGGUUCCGCUGGUUUCAGUACGACCACUUGACGCUGGUGAACCGGGCGGCCCUGGAGGCGGUGGGCGGAUGGGACUCGAUGAUCCCGUACUAUGGGACUGAUUGCGACAUGAAUGGGAAGCUGGGCAUGGAUGGUUGGACGACGAAGCAUCGAAGGGCGGGCAUCAUCAAUGAUGUGUCGAGUGUCAUGGCGGAUCUGGAAGCGCUUUACCGGAACCCGGCUAUUACUCCGGGGUUUGUGGAUCCGAAUCCGUUACCUCCUGAUCAGGAGGCGAGUAUCAAGGAGAAGAGCAAGUGGAAGGUGAAGGAGGGCUCGAACGGCGAGAAAGCUUAUUCGAAUACGACGGCCAUGCCCACGGACCCGAAGGCGUAUUUCCGCAUCCUCAACCAGGUGGGAAUCGACAUGGGCGCUCACAAGUACCGCGACGGCGAUCACCAGCGAAACAGGUGGCAGAAAAGCCAGCAAGGUGGUCUGGGAGAACCGUAUUACUACGAUCCGGAAGGGUUUGCCCGUGCCUUUCAACUCCUGACAGGGGCUGGAAUGAGAAUCUAUACCGAGAAAUGGGGUCAUCAAGGAUGUGAUGUCGCAGAGAAGACACAACUCAAGUUGCAAGACCAGUGGAGGGUGGAAAAUGACUUUGAAUAA